CACAGCGCCACCCAAAGGACGGAGAGGCGGAGGAGACGUGCACGUUGGUGUUUUUAUGUAUUAGCAAGCAGGACGAUUCAUUGUUGAUUUAAUCCGGAGCGUUUUGAGCUUGUAUCCGACAUGUCAGUCACCGAGAUGUUCAGUUAUAUUCAGGGCUUCCUGAGCGCCGACCAGGACGUCCGAGAGGAUAUCCGGAAAGUGGUCCAGACAUUGGAGCAGACUGCCCGAGAAAUACUAACAGUACUCCAAAGUGUCCACCAGCCAUCUGGAUUCAAAGAAAUUCCCAGUAAAUGUGCGAAGGUGCGGGAGCUGUUCUGCACCGUCAGGACACAAAUUGCAGACCUCAAAACAAAAUUUCCUAUGGAGCAGUACUACAGGUUCCAUGAACACUGGCGGUUUGUCCUGCAGCGCCUGGCUUUCUUAGCAGCCUUUGUUGUCUACCUGGAGAGUGAAGCGCUUGUGACUCGGGAGGAAGUGGCUCAGAUACUUGGCAUCGAGGUGGUGCGAGAGAAAGGCUUUCACCUGGAUGUAGAGGACUACCUGGCAGGUGUGCUGAUCAUGGCUAGUGAGCUGUCACGGCUAGCAGUAAACAGCGUCACAGCAGGAGAUUACACCCGGCCGCUCCGCAUCUCCAACUUCAUCAACGAGCUUGACUCGGGGUUCCGCCUGCUGAACCUGAAGAAUGACCCGCUGCGGAAACGCUACGACGGCCUCAAGUAUGACGUGAAGAAAAUCGAGGAGGUGGUGUACGACCUAUCCAUCCGCGGGCUUGCAAAAGAGCAGGAGUCCGCCGUGGAAAAAUAGAGGUCAGAGGUGGACCGGCUGUGGGAGACGGAGGAGGAUGCUGUAGCCGCCCCCAGGCUGGGACCUCUCCACGGCUGCUGCCCCUUAACCUACCUGGAAGCCAAAUCCCAGGGAUGCACCUGAGGCCCCAGCAGCCGAGGACAGACUGUGUGACUGUGUGAGUGUGUGUUUGUGCGAUGGCAAGCAUGAGAAAGGGCUUUAAAUGGACGACAGUCUGUCAGAAGGCUGGCACAGACGGUGACCAAGUUUGGCACCAUUCGUUCGGAGGCUUAAGAUCGAAGGCUCAGUUUGUUGCCGGUUGCCGUUGUUUCUAUUUCUGUAUUCCUGUGUUAUUCUUUCACUGAGUUGAUUAUGCAACUGUCACAUCAAAUUUGCAAAUGUCAACUUUUUCUUACAUUUUAUUGAUGUUUAAAUCAUUCAAGAAGGCAGGUGGAGACACCUCAAUUGUGAGUGUUCCCACCAUGCCGAGCUUAUAUUUUGUGGGUAUUUGUUUUGCAAAAACAAAGUUGUAAUGUGUUGAGUUGAUGCCUGGUAGUAUUUCUUUAGACUCUGAUUGCUGAAAAGUUUAUGCAUCCAAACAGAGAUCCAGGAGCCUCAUUUAUAGAAGAGAUAUCUGAUGCAUCGAUUUCAUAUUCGAAUCUCAAACCCAAAAGACAAUAACAACCAGUUGAACAACACUGAUACCAGAUUUUGAUAGUUUCUGACUUUAAUUAGAAGCCUUAGUUUUGAGUUGGAUCAAGCGCACCUUACUCUUAUUUACUUUUUUAUAAAUGAGGCUCCAGUAGAGGCACAGCCAAAGAAAUGACCAAGAUGCACUGAGCAUAAUUGAAAGCUACUCUGUGAUUAGUUAGAUUCCUUCUUUUGUAAUUUAUUUUUUUUUUUGUCCAACAUCAACGAGCCUUUGCUGAAAGGUGCCAAUGAAUAUGUCUGUUAAGCCAUAGUAUUGCUUUGGUCACGUGAUGAAGCUUUUCUCUGGAAGUCUACAAGCAAAUGCAAAACAGGCCGAAUGUCAUAUUAUGUCCUGCAUGCGUUGUGCUCUCAGAUUUUUCUCGUUUACUUCUUUUUUUCCCUUUUGUAAACAUUGCAUUCUAGUGUUUAGUUCCAUGCUGUAGUAAAGUUGAAAUGUAUUUUCUAGAAAUAAUUCAUAAUCCAUCUCUGCCAUUAGUGCUUGUGUUUCCUGGAGUGAUACUGAUGAGUGCAUUCCACUUAUACUGUGUGAUGGAUCAGUUGUCCUAAAAUGUUUCAUUUUGCUGUAAAUAUAUUUUUACGUUCUGCA